AUGGUGGUGUGGUUUGGAGUGGAAUUGGAAUGGCUGCUUGAUAGUUUUGCUGGAAUAGGGGUCGCAACAUCGAGUAUCGAAUCUGGACAAGGCCAACGACAGAAAAUGACCGAAAAUUUGUCGAAUACGUCCAAUCACCAGAGACUGGACGAAAUGUUUAUUCAUUUGACACCAAAAGGUGCCACCGUGCCGUACAGUUUGUGUAUGGAUAGCGAACGUAACGUUUGGGUGGCUUCAAAAGGUGGUUUGUUCAAAUUCGAUUCAACCGGUAAAAAUCUGCUGUUCGAGCGCCGGAAUCCGUUCCCGAAGAAGAUAUCACCGUAUUGUCAAGUGCUCUAUUGUGAUGGGAAGAUAUUGUAUGCGUACGCAGAAGAGCAGUCGGCCUCAACGGAAUUCAGGAUUUUAGAUUUGAGCGGUGAGAUGCUUCACGAGCAAUUUAUCGACGGUAAAGUAUUCAGCAUGGCCGUAUCGUCUGAAACUGGUGAUAUCUUCAUGACAAAACAACUGCAAGGUGAAGACUCCAUCGUAUACAAGGCAUCAAUGGAUUGUCCGUUGGGUUGGGAGGAUGUGCUGAGUGAGGACGAGUACGCUUUUCAGGCGAUAUGUUUGCUGGAUUCGAAUACUCUGAUGGCGGCCACUUGCUCGAUACCGAUCAAUAUGUAUUCAAAACAAGCGCUACGAAUCAUCGAUGUGGAAAAGCAGAAAGUCGUGAAAACGUUCUCGAAAAAAGGCAAAGGCGACGGUGAGAUCUUCUUCCCGCGGGCAAUCCAGAGGUGA